UUUUCAUCAAAAAUAUUGAUUUUAGCAAGAAAAGCUACCAAAAUAUCAAAUGGCCAAAGGCUGCAAAGUUUUGAUGAAUUUUACUUUCUAUUAGUUACUUACACUUUAAGCAAUCUUACACUUAAUUUUCCAAAAUUUUCUUGCAAAUUCGCCUAGUAUACUUUUUAAAAUAAAAUCAAAAUCCACCUCAAAUCCCACGUUCACACCAAAAUGCGUGAAGAAAUGGCACUUCUUGACCAAUAUGUAGCGCCAGGUUUGCGUCUUUGGAUGUUGAUUGGGCUUGUUUCAUCCGUUCUUCUGACAAUGAUUGUAAUAGUUUGUUGUUUUGUUCGUUUGAGAAUUCCUCGCACAAAACGUCAAAUUGAACUCCGAGCAGCAAAACGCAGGAAACGAAAAGCAGAAAGGGCAGGAACUGAUUUUGCUGAUCAACAUGAACAAGUAAGCUAUUUUAUUUGUUUGAACGCGGCCCUCCGUCCCCCGAAAACCUGAUAAUUUUCUUGGCAAAAACCAUGACCAUACCUUCUAAGGCUCUACUCCAGUGUCUCUACCACAACCCAAAAGUCGUGGUAGUCUCCUCCCCAACCCCGAAGUGUCAGGGUGCUGCC